GGAGGUGGGGGAGGACUCUGCUCCUUCUUAAGCUCCAGCAAUUCAAGCCGGGGCUAGAAAGCUAGACAGACAGCCGCCCCUCAGAUCUCCUCCUGUCCUUCCACCGCCAGAAAAAAGAGCCCAGCCUGUCCCAGAGCUCAGGAGCAGACACCAGCCCAGACACCUCUGUCACCACGCCAGUCACAUCCUGCCAGCAUGGCCAACCAGCUGACCGAGGAGCAAAUCGCCGAGUUCAAGGAGGCCUUCUCCCUGUUUGACAAGGACGGAGAUGGCUGCAUCACCACCCAGGAGCUAGGCACCGUCAUGCGAUCCCUAGGCCAGAAUCCCACAGAGGCUGAGCUCCAGGGCAUGGUGAACGAGAUCGACCGGGAUGGAAACGGCACAGUGGACUUCCCAGAGUUCCUGGGCAUGAUGGCCAGGAAGAUGAAAGACACAGACAGCGAGGAGGAGAUCCGGGAAGCCUUCCGUGUGUUCGACAAGGAUGGCAACGGCUAUGUCAACGCUGCCGAGUUGCGGCAUGUGAUGACCAGGCUGGGGGAGAAGCUGAGUGAUGAGGAGGUGGAGGAAAUGAUCCGGACUGCAGACACAGAUGGAGAUGGGCAAGUGAACUAUGAGGAGUUUGUCCGCAUGCUCGUGUCCAAGUGAGGUGCAAGAGGGGCUGCUCCUGCCUGUCACCCACCUGGCUGGGGAGGGGUUACUUGUGCCACAGCAAGAACCUCACUCAGGUUUCUCCUCCAUUCCCAGCUUCCUCUGGGCACUGUUGUUUCUCAGGCAAAGUGGGUUCAAAUCCACCUUUCUGCAUCUCACUUUUCACAUCUAUUUUUCUGCCAACUGCCUGCCUGCUCAUCUUGCACAUUGCAGAACACUGUUAUGCUGAGCAAACUGCGCCUCUUCCAUGGUUCAGGGGUAGAAGUAGAGUGAGCUAUCUCUGUGCAAACAAAGAUCCAAAGGACCUGUAAAGGAUUCACCGAUUGCUGUAUACCAGGAGUGGGACCAGUGACAGUUUAGAGCCUCUUGUGCAAGCACAGAACCAGCAAUCUGUAACCCUCAGUUCUAGCCAAAAUUCUGGGGGCUUCGUGGACUGAAGACUCCAUUUGCUGUCACAUUUGAGAGACAACUUGGCUUUAGCAAGUGGGAUUCUGAUAAAAAGUGACCACCGAGGUCAGGCCAACUAAAAAACAUUACUUCUGUCCACACAGCUCUUGCUUGCUCCUGUAUGUCUUUGCCAGAUCUCUGUGAUUCAUCUUUUGAAGCUGGAAGUGAAACUGGGGUCAGUUGUAACAUGUUUAUAUUCAUCUAGGAGGGAAAUUCGAAUGGAAAGGAGAGGGAAACUGCAGGGAAAUAAAUAUGACACUGACAUUCC